AGAAUCUAAGCAGCGUUGCUCCCUUACAACAGUGCAACCUCUUCCUCCUCUUGCAUCAUUUGUUAUGCAAAUGCUUUUAGCCAAACAAUUUUCAAUUCCAAAACACACACUCCCACUCCAACAACACUUCAACACCAACAACAUACACACUCGUCUCAAAGACACAAUCCUUAACCACAUAAAACAAUGUUGGAAUCUAAAAUCACUAGAAUCAAUUUAUGCUUCAAUGAUCAAAACAAACUUCAACCAAGAUUGUUUCCUUAUGAACCAAUUCAUAACAGCAUCAUCAUCAUUCUCUUCUUCCAACUUAAACUUCGCAACUUCCACUUUCACACAAAUCAUAAAACCAAACACUUUAGUUUACAAUGCACUCCUCAAAGCAUGCGUUCAUUGCCAUUCAUCACACCAAGCAUUACUACAUUACAUCCAUAUGCUUCAAAACAGCAUUGUGCCGUCAAGCUAUUCAUUCUCGUCUUUAAUUAAAGCCUGCACGUUGUUAACGGAUUCGGUUGCUGGUAAAACCAUUCACGGACACGUGUGGAAGAACGGUUUUGAUUCACAUUUGUUUGUUCAAACUACUUUGGUUGAAUUCUAUUCGAGUAUUGGUCACUUGUGUCACGCGAGAAAGGUGUUUGAUGAAAUGUCUGAGAGAGACGUUUAUGCUUGGACAACGAUGAUUUCUGCUCAUGUGAGGAAUAAUGAUGUGGAAUCUGCAGCAAAACUGUUCGAUGAAAUGCCUGAGAGGAAAAAUACUGCCACGUGGAACGCAGUGAUUGAUGGGUAUGCUAAAUUUGGGAAUGUUGAACGUGUUGAGUAUUUGUUUAAGCAAAUUCCUUCAAAAGAUAUUAUUUCAUGGACAACUUUGAUGAAUUGUUAUUCGAAGAACAAGAGAUAUGAUGAAGUGGUGAAGCUUUUUGAUGAAAUGGUGAAUGAGGGAAUGGUAGUUCCUGAUGAAGUUACUAUAACAACUGCAAUUUCUGCAUGUGCCCAUUUAGGUUCACUUGGGUUAGGAAAAGAGAUUCAUUUUUAUUUGAUGAUGAAUGGAUUUGGGAUUGAUGUUUAUAUUGGAUCAACAUUGAUUGACAUGUAUGCGAAAUGUGGAAGUGUAGAAAGGUCGCUUUUGGUGUUUUAUAAAUUGAAAGAGAAGAAUUUGUUUUGUUGGAAUUCCAUAAUUGAUGGACUUGCUACACAUGGCUAUGCGAAAGAGGCAUUAAGAAUGUUUGAGGAAAUGAAUAGGGAAGGAAUAAGGCCAAAUGGGGUUACAUUUGUUAGUGUUUUAACUGCUUGUACUCAUGCAGGGUUUAUACAAGAGGGUCGUCGUUUGUUUGGCAGUAUGAUUGAGGAUUAUUGUAUUAGUCCUCAAGUUGAACAUUAUGGAUGCAUGGUUGAUUUAUUGAGCAAAGGUGGUUUUCUGGAGGAUGCUUUGGAGAUGAUUAGAGGAAUGAAGUUUGAGCCAAAUGGUUUCAUUUGGGGAGCAUUGUUGAAUGGGUGUAAGGUUCACAAAAACUUGGAAAUUGCCGGUAUUGCGGUUCGGAAUCUUAUGGUUUUGGAACGAAGUAACAGUGGGCAUUAUAGUCUACUUGUGAAUAUGUAUGCUGAAGUGAAUCGGUGGAGUGACGUCGCAAAGAUCCGGACUGAGAUGAAAGAUUUGGGUGUGGAGAAGAAAUGUCCGGGGUCUAGCUGGAUUGAAAUCAACAAGGAAAUUCAUGUUUUUGUUGCUUCUGAUAAAUAUCACCCGUCUUAUGGUCUGGUUCAUGUGUUGCUAGUUGAACUGGAUGAGCAGCUGAGACUAGCUGGAUAUGUCCAUGAGCUGCGGUCUAUUCUUUAUUGACUCUGGCUGUUCAAGUAGAAGGGUCCUUAGAAGGAGGAUUGUGUUUAUUAAAGAAGGGUUGAAACUAUGAUGUAAUUUGAGCUGUGCAUAUCUAAACAGUUGAAGACAAACCUUGAUAAAUUAUUGCAAGAUGCAUAGCUUUAGUGAUUUCAUUCCAACCUUUCAUAAUUUGACAUACCUGCACCUUAGCUGUCUCAAUUAUCGGUGGCAUUUUUUAGUAGAAGUUCUCAAACACUGCCCUAAUCUUCAAGAUCUUGACAUUGAUGAGGUUUGUUAAGAAUCAUAACUGAUUAGUUAUUUAUCUUUUCCUAACACACCCUUAUAGGUUUGUUUUAUUUUAUGUCCAUUAUUAACAGGCUGGGGCUUAUGCAACCGAGGAAACAUGGACUAGAAAAGAUGACAAAGAAAAUUGGAUGGACCCAGAUUUUGUUCCACAAUGCCUUUCAUUACACCUCAGAAAUUGCCAUCUUCUGAACUUCUUUGGCCUACAAGGUGAGCUUUUGCUAGCAAUGUAUAUUUUGAAGAAUGCAAGGGUUUUACAAAUCAUGGAAAUUUGGAACUAUGGACAACGCGAAAUAGAAAGACUACUAGACUCAUGUCCAAGGGCUUCAUCAAUGUGUAAACUUACCGUUUAUCACUAUCCAUUUGAUGGUAGAAGUGAGGCGUCUUUGGAAGCAAGAGCAUCAUCUGAUGGUGACAGUGAUUGAUGUUUUUUAGUUUUUAGGUUCCUUUAAUGUAAGACUUAUCUUUAGGCUAUAAUGAAUUUUGAGUUGUGUUAUCGCAUUUGAUAUUCUAACUAUAAAUUUUUGAAUUAUAUUUAUGUUAUAAUGGUUGUAUGUUUCA